AUGAAGUCCAUUUUGCUGUGCUUGUGCCUAUUUACUCUUGGUUCGCUGGCUGCGGACAUUCCAACCGAAAUGAACAGCGACAGUGUCCAAGACGCGAGCACAAAAUCAAACGGCAAGGAAAGUUUUGAUCCCGCUUCGGGUAAUUCCAUAAUCACAAAAAGAGCAGCUUCGAAGCGUAACACAGACGGUUUCUACCGACUGAACUUCUCCCCGGUGUGUUUUAGCGCAAAGAGAAACCUAUUUGGCACUGUUACGAUGCCAUUCGCUGGUAGGCUGGCUGCGAUGAAAUUGGUUCACCGUUACGGCUACGUCACCUGCAGUAAGAGCAACCCUAUUUGCUGGUCUCACUGGGGUUGUGGUCAUUUAAAAGAUUAUGUUAACGUUGUCAUAACAACAUCACUUAACAGAAUCCUUCUGCCACCAAACCAGUUCCUCAAGUUUAAUUAUCAAGCGGGAAAGUGGUCUAAAGUUCCCGGAUACGGCGCGAAUUCCCCAGAGCUCAUUCUGUCGUUCUUCCAUCCUCGUUAUGUUCACCGGGGACAUCAGCUCCGUGUGUGGUAUGGCGAAGACUUGAUGAAUUGGACCGAAGGAGAUAACGCUGGAAAGGUCUGCUUUGAUGUCUAUGCCAGCUACGUCUGAACAGUUCUACACUACCUCCGUGCAAGAACUGAUUUUUUGCUAGCUUGCUAUCAUUGCUUUUAAAAGCUUGACUAGUUUGAUUAGGAAAAGUUAAAUAAGCUGCGCAUACUGCCUCAAAUAAACCAGGGGAAUUUGAU